CAGACAAGCUCAGGAAUCACAGGCACCCUGGCUUAUUACAGAAAGGAUUAUUCAGUUUAACACAAGAGACGUAAUUGUGCAGAGGGGCCGAGCUUGAUCAGGAAAGGGGAGACUGAGGAACUGGAGGGGUUUGCAGGGUGGGGCACUUGAAUAAUUAAUUUGCCACAUCCUAGUUGGAAAGGUAGAAGACAAACACGAGUAGCCUGAAGAUUCUCUUGCAGAAGCAGCUUGUUCAACAACUGUCUGAGGGAAGAAAUACUUGGCUGUUUUUAAACUUUUGUGGUGCACUCUUUCUCGUCUUUGAGAUUAAUUGCCUUAAAUCGGACUUCGAAGAAACAUGCCGCCUUUCCAUUUUCUUCUUUCAUUCUGUAUGAUGGAGCUGGUUUUGUGCUCGACACCACUUGGGGAGGUUAUUCCCCAGGAUCCAAUUCUGACCAUUGGCUCUUCACUGACUGCCACUUGCACUGUAAGCCCAGAGGCAAAUGUGGACUCAAGGGAUCUCUACUGGACACUGAAUGGCCAGAGACUUCGCUCAGAGCUCUACACAGUGGUGAACAACACUGCGCUGAUGGUGACCGUGAAUGGGCUGAAUGGUUCGCAGCAACAGUCUGGUGACAAUCUGGUGUGUCACCGAGCAGACGGGAGGAUUCUGGCUGGGUCCUGCCUCUAUGUUGGCCUUCCCCCUGAGAAACCCACUAACAUCACCUGCUGGUCCAAGAACACCAAGGACCUCACCUGUAAAUGGAGCCCAGGGAGUCAGGGAGAAACCUUCCUUCGUACCAAGUACACACUAAAAUACAAGUUACGGUGGUAUGGCAAAGAGAACGAGUGCCAGGAAAUGGGCACAGCCGGACCAAACUCUUGCUACAUCCCCAAGGAUCUGGCUCUCUUCACUCCAUAUGAAAUCUGGGUCGAGGCUGCAAACAAACUAGGCUCAGCAGCUUCUGACAUCAUCUCCCUGGACAUUCUGGAUGUGGUCACCACGGAUGCCCCAUCCGACGUUCAGGUGAAUCGUGUUGGUGAUCUUGAGGACCAGCUCAGCGUUUGCUGGAGCUCCCCACCAGCACUGAAAGACUUCCUCUUUCAAGCCAAAUACCAGAUCCGUUAUCGUGUGGAGGACAGCACCGAAUGGAAGGUCGUGGAUGACAUUGGAAACCAAACCUUGUGCCGAUUGGCAGGGCUGAGACCAGGGACCGUGUACUUUGUGCAGGUGCGAUGUAAUCCAGUUGGUAUUUAUGGUUCAAGGAAGGCAGGGAUUUGGAGUGAAUGGAGUAUCCCUACAGCUGCCUCUACUCCCCGGAAUGAACGAUCCAGCAAUACUUGUUACCAGAAGAGUGGGGAGAGUGGCUCAAACCUGAGACGGGAGUUGAAGCAGUUCUUUGGCUGGGUGAAGAAGCAUGCCUACGGCUGCACAGCCCUCAACAUCAAACUGUAUGACCAGUGGCGUGUGUGGCUGCAGAAGUCACACAAGACACGCAACCAGAAUCAAGAAGUCUCUGUUUUUAUUGGAUCGCAGGAAGAUACUUCUGCCCGGUAACUCCAGGGAGACAGCACCCAGAAGUAAAUGCUCUUGGCACAUGGACGGAAGAUUUUCACAGCUUCAUAAUCAGUAAUCUAGAAAUAAGGGUAACAGUUACCACAGCAGUUCCUUGGUCCACACUGUUACCAACAGGGCACAUUUGGACUCUGCACUCAUUAAUAAAAUUACAGGAGAUGGCUAGGUAGCAGGUGUUAAGACACAAAUAUUUCACUUUUGGAGUCUCAGGACAAAUUUAUUCUUCAAUUGGUCUGUGUUCUGUUUUCAAUUUUAAUUAGCUUUUUAAUUCAGUGUCAAGAGGUUUGAGGCUCUUGGUUUGACUCCUGAUCUAUAUGGCUUCUCAAUAUUUCUUGAAAUGCCUGACUUUCUAUCUUGAUACUUCUAUAAAUCUUUGUUUUCUCAAUCAUUCUCAUUGCUUCUUAUUGCUGUAAUCUCCUCCAGUUCUCCAAGAUCUCUACACUCUCCAGUUCUAGCCUCUUGCUUAGUCAGCUAGUGAUGGCUGUAGCUCCAGCUAUCCCAAACCUAUGCCUUCUCCUUUAAGAUGUUCCUUAAAAUCUCUCUCUUCAACUAAGCUUUUUAAUUACCUGUCUAAUAUUUCUUACUUAACUCAGCAUUAAUUUUGACUGAUAAUGUUCCUGUCAACAACCUUGGUGUUUUUACUUUGUUAAAGGUGCUACCUAAUGCAAGUAGUAGCCUUUGCUGAACAGUUCAAAGCUCAGCAGGGUAAUGUACCCAAAACUCUCAAGUAAAUUCAAGACACACAUCAUUGGAAAAUUCAGUACAGGUGAUAAUAACUCUACAGCACAACAAACUGACUGAACAAAAAUGUACAGGAGUCUGAGUACUUCAAAUCAUUUUUACUUUUGAAUAAACAAAAAUAGCAUUUCAAGGAA